CUUUCACACUUGCAAAAUGGAUCCCUCGGGUUCAGCCAUCUCUGGACGACCGGAUCUUCCCCUCACAGCCCGGAGUCGCUGCAGUCUACAGUGUGACUCCCUGCCCACAGACCCUCUCCCAAACAUAUCCACCGAGCGCCACAGACAUUGCUGUUUUUUUGAGGCAGAGCACCCAACUGAAGUUCAGUGCAGGAGAAACGCACCAGUUUCCUCCUAAGAACAUUGUAACCUUUAUGAAGGUACCCAGGCACGCUGGCCCUCCUUACACUGCUCAUGACAUCACAAAGGGACACCCUAACUUGGCGGGCACACCACCCGGCCAUGCCCACUCCCCGGCGCUCACUCAGGUAUCCCUUCCCACAGCUUCCCAAUAUCGCUAUGCGAAGGGCUGGGAGGCAGGCGGAGGGUCUCCAUACAACCCUGGACUAAAUGCUGGUUCCGCCCCUUUAGUGUAUUCUCCCCAGACGCAGCCAAUGAAUGCACAGCCACAAAGUCGCCCGUUUGCCACGGGCCCUCGACCAACCCACCAUCAGGGAGGAUUCAGGCCCAUCCAGUUUUUCCAGAGGACUCAGAUGCAGACUGCGAGGCCCACCAUCCCUACUAACAGCCCCUCCUUACGGCCCGGCUCCCAGACGCCUACAGCAGCUGUCUACCCCACCAACCAGCCCAUCAUGAUGACCAUGGCCCCCAUGCCUUUCCCCUCCCCACAGGCUGCUCAGUACUACAUCCCACAGUAUCGCCACAGUACGCCCUACGUGGGACCCCCUCAGCAGUAUUCUGUACAGCCUCCGGGGUCCGGCACCUUCUAUCCUGGGCCGGGGCCAGGGGACUACUCUUCCCCAUAUCACCCCCUCAGGUACCACCCGCCUGUCUCACCCACGGUUCCCGCUCCCGUCCCCACAGCUGUUCCCCAGUACUACCCCGGACAGUCUGUGUACCCCACCUCACCCCCCAUCAUAGUGCCUACACCACAGCAACCUCCACCAACCAAGCGUGAGAAGAAAACAAUCCGUAUCCGUGACCCCAAUCAGGGCGGCAGGGACAUCACAGACGAGAUCAUGGCAGGGGGUUCAGGGAGCAGGAAUUCAACGCCUCCUAUUGGCCGCCCCUCCUCUACCCCGACACCCCCACAGUUUUUAUGGCCGCACCCUCAUUAUCCUCACAUUUUCUACCUCAAAUCGCAGCAGCAGCAGCCGAGCAGCAGCCAGACUCCAGAGCAGCCGCAGCAGGCCCAUCCUGGGGGCUACGCACUGGAGCCCCCGCAGCCACUACAGCCACAGCAGCCGUCCACCACUACGGCUGCAGACACCAAACCAGGGCCAGAUGAUACGCCAAAACUGGAGCCAGUUGUCCAGAAGUCUUCCUCGCCUGGGCUUGUGCAGUCUGAAGCCCCCGUAGAGAGACUCCAGGCCAAAGCUCCCGCAACCGAGCCCUCUUCUCCCGUCGAACCAGAGCUUCCCUCCCCUGCUUUGAUGAGCGCCCCCGUCACUCUCCCUCUUUCAGUGGCCAACAACAGUGAGCGUGCCCCCGCCAAGGAAUCCACUGCAUCAGCCUCUCCUCCCUCCCCCUCGGUGGGGGAGCACAAGCCACCUCAGACUACCAACACAGACAAGCCUCUCUCCGACGCCCUACGGAGUCCGGCUGCCUCUCCAGCGCCGGCUCCCAAGGCUCUGAACGGCCUUGCAGACCCCGGUGCUGAGCUGGACACACCGGAGCCUUCUCUCCUGCAUUCAGCUGCCCCCCAGGCCCUGGCCUCGGCCCCCGCUCACAGAGAGGCCUCUUCCUCCGACGCUUUGCCCUCUGACGUGAGCCCAGAGGUGCCCGUUGCCGCUGCGCUCGCCCCUUUGGCCCCUGUGGCUGUGGUGCCAGUCACCCUGACCUCAAGCCCCGCCCCCGCUUUGCCAGUUUCGCUGCCCCCCGGCCUUCCGCCUCUAGUGCAGGCCACAACAGAGGCCGAGGAGCCAAGUAAGAGCUUAGACACUAAAGACCUCUUCCCCAGAGCGGGGACGGAGGCACACGGAGGCAUUACGGACAGCAAAACAGAGUCCCAGCAACAAGCACUCAGCAGCAAGAGUCCCACUACAGUAAAUCAGAUUGCUUCUGCUAUACCAAAGACCUGGAGGAAACCAGAUGAAGAGAUCUCUGCUGUAGACGCACCUCACAAGGAGGACGAGGACGAGCCCCGGCCAGCGGAGCAUCCUGCUGUGGAGCAGGUUCUGCCCUCGGCCCCUCUGAGCUGCAGCCCGGGGCCCCUGCCAGCAGCCCUCACCUCCAGCCCUGCUCCAGCUCCUGCCAGCAGCCCAGAGGCGGACGGGAAGCCCGCCGCCCCCGAGGAGAACGGUGAGGCCGAGACGGAGCCCAUGAGGAACGGGGCAGGUCACACCUCAGAGACAGAGAGCAGCGAUGGUGGAGCCACCCCCGCUGACAAGGAGAACUCCACAGGGGCCCCACAGGACAUCGAAGACCUGGCUGAGCCCGGUGGGAAGCGUCAGUAUAACAGGGACUUCCUGUUGGGCUUCCAGUUCAUGCCCGCCUGCAUACAGAAGCCUGAGGGUCUCCCACCCAUCAGCGACGUGGUGCUGGAUAAGAUUAACCAAAACAAGUUGCCAUCCAGAGCGGUGGAGUCCAGGGUGAUUUCCAGAGGACCCGAUUUCACACCUGCCUUUGCAGAUUUUGGCCGGCAGACCACCGGAGGACGAGGCGCUGCACCUAUGAACAUUGGGGCCCGGCGGCCUCCACCCAGGAAGAUCAUCAUGCACGUUCCUGUUAAUGAUGAAAUUCAGCUGAAGAAAUCAGAGAAUGCAUGGAAACCCAUCAUGAAGAGGCCGGAAGUUGUUAUAGAUGAUCCUGUGGUGCAAAACACACAGGAGCUCUUCAAGAAGGUUCGCAGCAUCCUGAACAAGCUGACGCCACAGAAGUUCAACCAGCUGAUGCAGCAGGUGACGGACCUGACCAUCGACACGGAGGAGAGGCUCAAAGGAGUCAUCGACCUGGUGUUUGAGAAGGCCAUCGACGAGCCCAGCUUCGCCGCGGCCUACGGAAACAUGUGCCGCUGCCUCGCCACGCUCAAGGUGCCCAUGACAGACAAACCUAACACCACAGUGAACUUCCGCAAGCUGCUGCUAAACCGCUGCCAGAAGGAGUUUGAGAAAGACAAGGUGGACGACGUGGUGUUCGAGAGGAAGCAGAAAGAGCUGGACUCUGCUGCAUCGACGACAGAGCGUGAGCGGCUGCAGGUGGAGCUGAGGGAAGCCAAGGACAAGGCCCGGCGGCGCUCCAUCGGCAACAUCCGCUUCAUCGGCGAGCUCUUUAAGCUCAAGAUGUUGACUGAGGCCAUCAUGCACGACUGUGUUGUCAAGCUGCUGAAGAACCACGACGAGGAGUCUUUGGAGUGUCUCUGCAGGCUGCUCACCACCAUCGGCAAGGACCUGGACUUUGAGAAGGCCAAGCCUCGCAUGGAUCAGUAUUUUAACCAGAUGGAAAAAAUCGUCAAGGAGAGGAAGACGUCUUCUCGGAUACGGUUUAUGUUACAGGACAUUGUAGACCAGAGAUUGCACAACUGGGUGUCCAGGAGAGCCGACCAGGGCCCCAAAACCAUCGAGCAGAUCCACAAAGAGGCAAAGAUUGAAGAGCAGGAGGAGCAGAGGAGAGUGCAGCAGCAGCUUCUCUCCAAGGACAGCAAGAGACGGACAGAUCCAAGAGAUCAGAGAGAUCAGAGGGACCAGAGGGAUCAGCGAGAGCAGCGGGAUCCGCGCGUGCCGAGAGAAGAGACCUGGAACACUGUGCCCGUGACGAAGAACAGCAGGACUAUCGACCCCACCAAGAUCCCAAAGAUCUCCAAGCCUCAAAUGGAUGAAAAGAUCCAGCUCGGCCCCCGGGCCCAAGUCACGUGGGUGAAGGGCAGCAGUGGAGGAGCCAAGGCCAGUGACUCAGAUUCAGCCUAUUGUCCAGCAGUGGCGAAAAAGUCAAUCUUUGCAAGGAUGAAACCCAACCAGCUACAGCAAAGCAACCGGGUCAACACAGUUGGGAUGUACAUCAGCAGAAGGGCCGGGGGGGCUCGCAUCCUUCACCGACACCGCACCAUCCUGGCCAUCACCCUGAGCGCUCCCACAGGCAGUUUCAGCGUCACUUGGUACAGCCAGUCCUCCACCAUGACUCGGCUCCAACUGGCGUUCUAUGGCAGCAACUCUGCUGUCCAUGGUCGCAGCCACAGCACGCAGGUCCUCACCAAUAUCUGCCUGAACUUCCACUACGUACCCAGUGUGUCUUUUUGUUGUAGCUUUGCGGACAUGCUGGAGCAGGCGGACGACAUGGCCAUCGACAUUCCCCACAUCUGGCUGUACCUGGCCGAGCUGCUCAGCCCCGUGCUGAAGGAGGGGGGCUUCUCUAUGAGAGGGCUCUUUAGUGAAUUAAGCAAACCUUUGCUUCCUGUGGGAAGAGCUGGGAUCUUAAUUUCUGAAAUACUGCACAUACUAUGCAAACAAAUGAGCCAUAGGACUGUGGGCUCUUUGUGGAGGGAAUCUGGCCUCAACUGGACCGACUUCCUGCCAGAGGGGGAGGAUGUCCAGGCUUUCAUCUCACAACAGAAACUCCAGUUCGUUCUGUCGGACGGCUCCAGUCCGGAGACGGCUCUGUCCGGAAGGAUCUACUCUCCUGAGGAGCUGAGCCAGCAGCUGGAGAGACUCCUCCUGGAGGACAUGGCCAGCGACGAGCAGAUCUUUGACUGGGUAGAGGCAAACCUAGAUGACUCUCAGAUGAGCUCGUCCCCCUUCCUGAGGGCUCUGAUGACAGCUGUGUGUAAGGCAGCAGUGAAAGAUGAUAACACCAACUGUCGAGUGGACACGGCCAUCAUCCAGAGGAGAUUGCCUGUAUUACUCAAGUACCUUAACUCAGACACUGAGCGACAGCUGCAAGCACUUUAUGCACUUCAGAUGCUGAUCGUCGCACUUGAUCAGCCUCCAAACCUCCUCCGGAUGUUCUUUGACUGUCUGUAUGACGAGGACGUGAUCUCGGAGGACGCUUUCUACAAGUGGGAGACGAGCAAAGACCCUGCCGAGCAGGAGGGGAAGGGAGUGGCCCUCAAGUCUGUUACGGCCUUCUUCACCUGGCUGCGGGAAGCGGAGGAGGAGUCGGAAGAUAAUUGACGAGGGACACACCCGGGGGGAGGGUGGGGCAGGGCGUAGAAGAACUGCAUACUUACAGCAGAACAAACAAACUUUCAAAAUGGGUGUAUGGGCAGACGACAUGUUUUACGGCUGGAAUUUUUUUCUGCGGUACGGUUCUGAAACAUGCCGCCAUUUUGAGUUUGGAUUCCAACAGCUGAAGCACUAAAUACCUGUAUUAUACAUAGAAAAUAUUUUUGUUUUAAAUUUUAACUUACGUUUGUUUUGUUACUUUUUAAGAAGAGACUUAAAAGAUACAUAGGUUCCGGACUCUUUAAUUUAUUAUUUUUUUAAGGACUGCAAAUAUGAAAGUUAUUUAACAUUUGCAGAUGCUCACAAAUGAGAACAACAACAGAAAUAACAAUAUAAUUAAUUAUAAUAACAAAAUAAUAAUUGUGAAAUAAAUAGCCUCCCUGGAUUCCACACUGUUUGGUUUAAAACAGGGUAAACAAAGUUAUUUUGGGAUGAAGGGGAAGCAGAGAUAAAGAAGAGUGGAUGCACAGAAACUAUUAACGUUGUCCGUGUUUGACAUUUCCAGGUCCAAGUCUUCUCCUAACAGGCAGAAAGUGUUUCCCUCAGCCUUGGCUUGCUCUACGUUGAUAUACAUAAGCCUCAUGACAGGUUAGAGGUAUGCAUUCAAGAAGCGAUGCAGGUCUGUCCACAGAACUUUCAAAACAAACGCAGACGAACAAACCGGAUACAUUCAAAUGAAACGAGCAAAAAAUGCAACAUUAAAAAGCAAAUCGCCAGGGUCGCUCAAUGUGAAAUGCUUGUAAUACUUCAAACUACAGAGCAGAUAAAACUUGUAAAUACAUUAAAGACAAAAAAGGUAUUUAAAAA